GGGUGGCAGCAGCGCUGCAUGAGUGGGCGGAGAGUCGAGGCCUGACCUUGUCCGUACACACCUACUGGGAUCGUACAUUGUACCAUCCGGACGACCUGCCGUACCAUUUGUACGGCAAACCAAGCCGUACGAAUGGCAAGUCGACAGCACCGCAGAAAGAAGGGGACACUCGUGCUAGCAGUAACAGUAUUGGUUGCAACGGAGGCGGAAGAGGCGAAGAAGGCGAGGAGGCAACGUCGGAGCGAGGAGACGGGGAGCUGCAGGAAGGGGCUGCUUCACUGCCGGCAUGCGUUGAUCUAAAUCCUGCUCGUUUCUGCGACGUACCCAACGUCAUGACCGAAUUCAAAAAGAUCACACAAACAUCCGCGCCCGUGCGGCCGCCCCUGCCGCCUCCACCAGCCCUGCCGCCGCUGCCGGCCCCCUUCAACCGCGCCCCCUCCUCCUCAUCAUCUUCAUCCACUCAGCUGUCACGUGAGCAGCUGUUUGGGGAGCUCCCGGCAAGUGUCAUGCAGGUAUACGAGGCGGCGGGUGCGGUGCCGGCUUUGCGGAGACUUGAGGAGCUCGUUGGCCUCAGCUACCGGAAGCUGCUGGAGGCGGAGGGGGAGGAGCAGGGAAAGGAGGAGGAGGAGGUGGGGCAGCAGGAGCAGCAGGAGCAGCAGCAUGCAGGCCCCGCUGAUCCUCGGACCGCCUUCCCCUUCACGGGGGGGCAUCGCAGCGCGCAGCAGCGGUUGCGGUACUAUCUGUGGGGAGCACCGUCGCCGGUACCGCAGGGUCUACAACAACAGCCGCAACCGCAGCAGCAACAGCAGCAAUUGAGGCAGCAGCAAGGCGGGCUGCCGGACCGCAUGAGGCAACCCGCAUGUCUGAGGAGCACACAUCAUGACGCACCGGUGCCAGGAGCCGCGGAGUGUGGCUGCCCGGGAGCUGUGGGGCCAGGGUGUACGGCCUGCCUGCCUCCGCCUCCGCCUUCGAAGCAGCCACCGUUACUGGGCUUCAAUGAAACGCGGGCUGAGGCGGUGGGAGUUGACGGGAGCACUAAGUUGUCUCCCUUCGUGGCGCUGGGCUGCCUCACCCCCCGCCAAAUCGCACAUGAGGUGGAGCAGGUUCGGUUGGCGGCUGCGGCUGGGGCUGUGGAGGCCUGCAUGACUUCUCCUGCUGCUGCUGCUGCUGCUGCUGCUGCUGUGGCAGCGGAGUGCGAUUGGCUGCUGAUGCACCUGUGCAUUCGAGACUUCUUCAUCUUUACGGCUCUCAAGAACGGCGAGAAGAUGAUGGGCGAGGGGGGCAUUGCAGGCCGCACCGUCAGCUGGAGCAGGGACGAGGGGGCGUUCUCCAGGUGGGCGCGGGGCGCCACGGGACUUCCCUUCGUGGACGCCUGCAUGCGCGAGCUCGCAGCUAGCGGCUGGAUGAGCAACCGCGGGCGGCAGAACGUGGCUAGCUGUGUGACGAAGGACCUGAGAGUGGACUGGCGCUGGGGCGCAGAGCUGUUUGAGAGUUUACUGCUGGACUCGGAUGCGGCUGUCAACUGGUGCAAUUGGAACUACUUUGCGGGAGUUGGCAACGACCCGCGCAACCGACACUUCAAGACCGUGACGCAGGGUAUCAAGUACGACGAGGGUGCCGUACUGGCGGCGACGUGGCUCCCCGAGCUGGCUCACCUGCCGCCUGCCCUGCGGCACCAGCCUUGGACCAUGAGCGAGCCGGAAU